CAGAGUCCAGAGUGGGAAUACAGGCUGAGCUCCACGCACGGACAGGACGCACCGGAAUGCUCUGCGUGUUUCUACGUUUACCAAAGAGAGAAACUUCACUAAAGUAAGUUUUUAAACAAAGGAUUAAAAGAAGAGGAGCGGGGUGGAAGAAGAUAUAACAUGACUUCAGUAAAGGAGCGUUAAAGUUAAAGAGGAUGUUUUGGAAACGGUGAGCGCAGCGUGUCCACUUCAAGGACUGAGCUCCGAUUGGAGCGGUAUGGCUUGAUUAGUUGGAGCGGAGGAGACCUCGUGUUUCUGAGGAGAAGGAAAGUUUACUGCGCUUCUCUUGGAUCUACUUUGUGAAACCCCCUCAUUGACUGCCUGCUGUCUGAGCCCAGGUUCGGUUCAGGCUCCAAACUGUUGAACAUGACCAACCCUGCGCUGAAGAAGAACCACUGGACCUUCAGAGUGACCGAAUGCUCCGUGGGGAAAGAUGCCCGUGGAGACCUGAACGUGUCUCUGCGCGGCGGCGCGGAGAACGGGGAGUUCUCCUACAUCGGCCACAUUAACGAGGAGCUGGUGUUUUACAGAGAGGGCAGACUGAACGAAGGGGAGCUGCUGCUGGAGGUGGAGAACAUCUCCAUCUCAGGAUUACCUCUGUACGACGUGCAGACGCUGAUAAAGAACUGCAAAAGUCCCGUGAAGUUGAAAACUGUGAGACCAGGAACUAAGUUGAAUAAGGACCUGAAGCAUUAUCUAAGCCAACGCUUCCAGAAGUCCUCACCUGACCACGAACUGCAGCAGACCAUCAGAGAAAACCUGUACCGCCACGCAGUGCCUUGUACUACCCGCUCCCCGCGUGAAGGAGAGGUUCCUGGGGUGGAUUAUAACUUCCUGUCUGUAGAGGACUUCCUCGAGUUGGAGAAGAGUGGAACCCUGCUGGAAAUUGGAACAUAUGACGGUAACUAUUAUGGGACGCCCAAGCCGCCGGUGCAGCCCCCCAUCGGGAAAGUGAUCAACACCAGCGGUAGUGGUGGUGAUGCCCUGCUGUCAGACGGGCUCAGCGGUAGCCUGCCGGGCUCGCAGAACUCCACUCCCCGACGAGCCAAGUCCUACAAUGACAUGCAAAAUGCUGGAAUAGGGCUUACAGAUAACCAACUGGAGGACGACGAGGACCUCCCUGACAUGAACAGCAGCUUUACAGGAGAUUCUAGCGAAAUAGACGAGCUUCAUCACUCAGCGCGCCCCCACGUCCCUCGCUAUAGUGACCCGUCCUACGCUGGGACAACCCCCUCACCAUCGGCCACCACGGAGAGCACACAGCAGACAAACCUUCACCUGAGCCAUCCUCCCCCGGAGGACCCGCUGGGACCUCUGCCUGACAACUGGGAGAUGGCCUACACCGAGAAUGGAGAGGUCUACUUUAUAGACCACAACACAAAGACCACCUCUUGGUUAGACCCUCGGUGCCUGGACAAACCUCAGAAACCCCUGGAAGAAUGUGAAGAUGAUGAAGGGGUCCAUACAGAAGAGCUGGAUGAUCUCGAACUUCCUCCAGGAUGGGAGAAAAUUGAUGAUCCAGUCUAUGGGGUCUACUAUGUUGAUCAUAUCAACAGGAAGACCCAGUAUGAAAACCCAGUGCUGGAGGCUAAGAGGCGCAGGCAGCUGGAACAGCAGCCCGCCCAGCAGCCUCAGCCCCAAAGCCAGCAGCCACCUGAAGAAUGGAUCGAGGACUCCGCAUUGGCAGGCGCCCCACUGGCUACCUACACUGCCAACCACGAGACCUACAGGGACCCUCAAAAAGGUCCGCCUGUUCCCAACGCCAUGGGACAAAAACGUGGGAAGCCUUUCUUUACCAGGAACCGAUCAGAACUGAAUGGAACAUUCAUCAAUACCAAAUUGAAGAAGAGCCGUCGGGGAUUUGGGUUCACAGUUGUUGGAGGAGACGAGCCAAAUGAGUUCUUGCAGAUAAAGAGCUUGGUUCUGGACGGACCUGCAGCCCUCGAUGGCAAGAUGGAGACAGGUGAUGUAAUCGUGAGUGUAAACGAAACCUGUGUCCUGGGAUACACGCACGCCCAAGUUGUGAAGAUCUUUCAGUCCAUCCCAAUCGGCUCCAUGGUUAACUUGGAGCUGUGCCGUGGCUACCCACUGCCUUUCGACCCUGACGACCCCAACACCAGCUUGGUAACCUCAGUGGCCAUCCUCGACAACAAAGAUCCCAUCAUCGUCAACGGCCAGGAGGUCACCAACAGCUAUGACUCCCCUUCCAGCCAGGGCAGUCAGAGCACCAACAACGGCCCGACCAACGGCGGGCCACCUCUUAAUGGCUUCACCCGACCUCACAGCCCCUCCACUGAGGUGGCGUCCGAUACCUCCUCGCAGCUCGGCUACUCUAGCGACGUGGUGAACCUGGCUUCGGCCAUCGCCACGCAACCAGAACUUAUCACUGUACACAUGGAGAAAGGAGACAAGGGCUUUGGCUUCACCAUCGCUGACAGCCUCGGGGGUGGAGGGCAGAGGGUGAAGCAGAUUGUGGACUACCCUCGCUGCCGCGGCCUCAGGGAGGGCGACAUCAUCGUCGAGGUGAACAAGAGGAAUGUGCAGAGCAUGUCUCACAACCAGGUGGUGGACAUGCUCAGCAAGUUACCAAAAGGCAGCGAGGUCACCAUGCUGGUGCAGAGAGGAGUGGCACCUGCUAAGAAGAGCCCCAAACUGCAAUUGUCCAGGAAGGACAGUCAGAACAGUUCCCAGCAUAGCGUCUCCAGCCAUCGGAGCGCCCACACCGACUCGCCUGUGCACUCGUCUCUGGCACCCCCUCUCAGUGAGAGCAGCACGCCGCCGGCCCCGUCGCAGCCCUUGCCUGGCCUGCCUUCCCAGGACUCUCAAGGAGACGGAACCACCCACCGAAAACCAGACCCCUUUAAGAUCUGGGCCCAGUCCAGGAGCAUGUAUGAAAGUAGGCUUCCAGACUUCCAGGAGCAGGACAUUUUCCUGUGGAGGAAGGACACAGGCUUCGGCUUUAGGAUCCUUGGAGGCAACGAGCCAGGAGAACCUAUCUACAUCGGCCACAUAGUAAAGUACGGCGCUGCAGAUGAGGACGGGCGCCUCCGAUCCGGAGAUGAACUGAUAUGCGUGGACGGCACGGCAGUGGUGGGCAAGUCGCAUCAAUUGGUGGUGCAGUUGAUGCAGCAGGCUGCCAAGCAGGGCCACGUUAAUCUUACUGUGCGACGCAAAAGCAGCUACACAGUUAAAUCAGAAGGAGACGUCCCUCCGUCACCAGCGUCCUCACACCACAGCAGCACCCAGGCGCCCAGCCUGACGGAGGACAUGGGGAAGCGCACCCCGCAAGGCAGCCAGAAUUCCCUCAACACGGUCAGCUCGGGCAGCGGCUCCACCUCUGGCAUCGGCAGCGGUGGAGGAGGGGGAGGCGGGGGGGCCGGCGUCACUGGGAAUGCUGUGGUUUCCGCCUCGACGGUUGCGACCACAUCCUCUCAGCCUCCCAACGGCACCACAAACGCUGCCCCCGCCUCGGCCGUUCAGCCCUACGACGUGGAGAUCCGACGGGGCGAGAAUGAAGGGUUCGGUUUCGUCAUCGUGUCAUCAGUGUCGCGGCCUGAAGCUGGCACCACCUUCGCUGGAAAUGCAUGUGUGGCCAUGCCUCACAAAAUAGGCCGCAUCAUCGAGGGGAGUCCAGCGGACCGCUGCGGGAAGCUGAAGGUGGGCGACCGCAUCCUGGCUGUCAACGGGAACUCCAUCACCAACAAGUCUCACUCUGACAUCGUAAACCUGAUCAAGGAGGCUGGGAACACCGUCACGCUGCGGAUCAUUCCUGGAGAUGAGUCAUCCAAUGCAUCUUUGUUGACAAAUGCAGAGAAGAUUGCCACCAUAACCACCACUCACACAGCUCAGCAACAGGCAGCACCUGAGGCCAGGACCAACACUAAACCAAAACAGGAAUCUUACGAGUUUAAAGCUCCUACGAACACUGCUCCCCAGCCCCCCAUCCAGCAAGACUCAGCUCAGGUAUGUAAAAACACACCAGACUCCGUGUUCUACUCUGUGGAAUUGGAGAGGGACAACAAAGGCUUUGGCUUCAGCCUGCGGGGAGGAAGAGAGUACAACAUGGACCUGUACGUGCUGAGGCUUGCUGAAGAAGGAGCUGCUGUUCGCAAUGGGAAAAUGAGGGUUGGAGAUGAGAUCUUGGAGAUCAACGGCGAAAGCACCAAAGGCAUGAAGCACGCACGGGCCAUCGAGCUCAUCAAGAACGGAGGCCGAAACGUCCACCUGGUGCUCAAGAGGGGUGACGGCUCCGUGCCUGAAUAUGGUGGGUCAAUCUACGAAAACAUUCCCUUCUCCCCCAUCUUCACACCCUGAGCUGGACGGUGGUGGGGUUUGAAGGGGCAAAGAACUGAACCGCUCACCCAGGACAGGACAGGAAGGAGGUUUUGCUUGGCUUUAAAGUCUCUCUGUGGUGAAGGUCACUCCUGUGCUUUUGGAUUCUGGUGCAAAGGAGCUGAGAGGGUGCUUCUUUGGGUGCUGUUGGCCCUCCUGCUGUCGCCUGCUCUCAGUUUCCAUCUCAUCCCGCUGUCACUUUCCACCUUCUGGGCCGCUCAUCUAAAGCACACUGUUGGGACUUUACAGAAAGGUGCUGGGCCUAAUUUCAGUGCAACGUUUAGUGUUUACAGGUUUGAAUGACCAGAGGAGGAUGGAAAAAAAAAAAAUCUUUUUUUUUUCUAAGUAAGAAGUGACAUAUAUUGCUCUAGCUUAUUAUUAAACACCAGUUCAGCAUUACAAGAAAAGGACAAACUUGAUUCUAUGCUUCCCGUAAAUGAUGGGACGCCUCACAGCAUGGCUUCAUUGUGACACAAACAUAUUUAUGAUAUUUAUUGGAGGUGAAUGUAAGCUACUGAACUCCUAAAGGGUUGAAGUGAAAACUGUAAGAAAACGAAGAGGCAGCCUAAUACAAGCACAUCCAAUAAAUGGAACUAUCUUUUAAAAGUCAACAUCUAAUUUAGUUCGAAAUCAUAUAGAUGAAUUGCACAUCAAGUGAUAUAUUUCAGGUCUUUAUUUCUGUAGCGGUGAUCAGCCGGUGGCUCUGAGUGGGUGAUUAGGAAGCCCAGCUGGCUCUAACAGAAGCCUGCAGCUUGUUAGCGAUGAUGGACCUUUGAUAUCUUGGGCAUUAAUAUUGGAAGUUCUUUAUUGUCCAACAAUGGGGAAUUUAACCCCUGCAUUUAACCCAUCCCCUUGGGGGGCACUGUUGGUGCUGUCCACCGUUAAGGGUCUUGCUCAGGGACCCAGAGUGGCAGUCUGUUGGAGUGUGCAGGACUUGAACUCAGAACCUCCUCGGCCACAUUACAGAGCAGGAAUCUAUAUGUUGUUAUUGUGGGUAGGUGCCAGGUCUCACUGAGAAAUUUAAAUGUUCUAAUAGCUUGUGAGGAAAAAGAGGAAGCAUGAAAUACAGCUAAAUAUCCUGGGAGACUCAAAAAGACAAAACGGCUCCAUUGAUCAAAACCUUCAUGUUUGUCCGCUUCUCCUCCGUUACCCAUUGACCUUUACUCUUUGAUUUUUUUAAAGAGAGAAUUUGACAACUGUGCAGCUGGUCUUUUUCACCUCAGUCUUGUUGAGACACAGCUAAUAUUUUCUCAGUGGUUUCAUUUUGAAAUAGUUUCCUGUUCUUGUUAAUAGCCAGUGUCCAAUCUGUCAAUCCCUGGAAAAUGUCCUGGUGUAGGUGCCCCCUAUUUUGUACCUUAGUUUUUUUUCUUCCCGUCAGCUCUGCAUUGAUUUGCACUGUAAUCAGCCAGAUUCUUUAAUAGUGGCCUUUUUGUAGCUAUUCCUCCUUGUUCAGAGUUUCAAAGACAGUGAGUUGGACUAAUUAAGCAGCAAACAGCACUGCCAUAAUGUAACUUUUCAUAAAAAUACUAGUCAGAUUUUCUUAGAAACUGAAUUGCAUUUUUUAGCAGUCCACCUGAAUCAUCAAAGGUUACAGAAAUAAAAUCUUGAAAUAUAUCACUGUCUGUAAUGAGUCCUGUUUAAACCCAGUUUCACCAUUUGACUUAAAUGUACACUUUGAUCAGAUCCUAGGUUCUCUAGAUGCCAUUUUUGCUCUUUAUUUUCCGCUUUGCUGUGCUUGACAUUCCUCACUCAUUGUCAGUGUCAUUAAAAUGCUGUGAAGAUUCAAAACACCUGACUCCACACAUCCCAGUGUAAAAAGAAACCAGGCUGUGGCGCUUAUAUAAAGCUUUGUACAGUGAUGAAAUGAAAAGACAUUUUUACAAGUAUUUUUGUUCAUUGUAUAGAGCCAUGAAUCAAAGCCACAUAUAAAUGGAGAAAAAGUUUAUUGCUGCAUGAACGUGUCAAGAGUGUCAACUUGAAGUUUUUUCGCCCCCCUUCUAUUGUCGAUUUUCCAUAAUAUUUAUGGAACCUUUCUUUUUUUAAUUGUUGUAUAGAAAAGGUUUUGAUUGAUAGUCAACAGUCAUGGACAUUUUUCAUUGUCUUGCUUUUUUCGUCUUUUUCUUUUUGAGUGGAAAGGCAUUUGCUUGUGUAUGUUUAUUUGCAAUUAUCUGAAUCGAUAUGGCGUCAUGAGAACUUUGUAUAUUUUUGACCAUUGUUUGUAUUAUUAUUAUUUUUUUUAAGUUGACAGAAACCUUUUUGCCAGCUUUGCCAGUGUUUCUUCUUUUGAUUUUCAGGAUUUGAAUUUAUUUUUUCUGCUGCUUCAUUGUCAACAUGUCCAAGUGUGUGUGUGUGUGUGUGUGUGUGUGGUUGAGUGUAUGUUUGAGUUGUGGUGGUGGGGGCUGUCACUGUUCUGUGUAACUGGUGGCUUUCACUGAAGGGUUUGGGCAACUUCCUGGACUGUCUCUUUACUCUGAAUGAUUAAAUAAACACUUUUUUUCCAAUAAGAAUCAACACAA